UAUGGGGAAUAUGCAGGGCAUAUAUUCCGCAGGGCAUAUAUUCCGGUCUAUUUUAAGGAAAUUCUCAUUCAUAUAAAUUAUCGAGCCCACACAAAUCUCUCCACUGUCCAUUGUCAUCCCUGUCUGUCUCUCACAGGCAACACGACAGGCUAAAUCAGCUCCAACAGAUAGCAGAGAAAAGUUAAGAGCUUGUCCGUCAAGGAGAGAGGUUGAGCAAAAGACAAGGCAGAUUCGAAAGUGAGGCAGCCAACCAUGGCCAAAGAGCAAUUGAAGGUGCUGAAUGCGCUUGAUGUUGCCAAAACGCAAUGUUACCAUUUUACUGCAAUUAUCAUUGCUGGAAUGGGGUUUUUCACGGAUGCAUAUGAUCUAUUCUGCAUAUCCCUUGUCACCAAAUUGCUUGGCCGCAUCUACUACCAUGUUGAUGGGGCAGCAAAGCCCGGCACAUUGCCUCCCAAUGUAUCAGCUGCUGUUAAUGGGGUAGCACUCUGUGGAACACUCGCAGGCCAACUCUUCUUUGGAUGGCUUGGUGACAAGAUGGGCCGAAAGAAAGUCUAUGGCUUGACAUUGAUGCUCAUGUUCUUUUGCUCCAUUGCUUCUGGUCUUUCCUUUGGUCACAACGCAAAAGCUGUCAUGAGCACUCUUUGUUUCUUUCGGUUUUGGCUUGGUUUUGGCAUAGGGGGUGACUACCCACUUUCUGCAACCAUUAUGUCUGAAUAUGCUAAUAAGAACACUCGUGGAGCCUUCAUUGCAGCAGUGUUUGCCAUGCAAGGGUUUGGCAUUUUGGGUGGUGGUAUAUUUGCUAUUAUAAUGUCUUCCAUAUUCCAGGCCGAGUUUGGUGCUCCCACUUACGAAGUUGAUCCAGUUGCCUCCACUGUCCCACAAGCAGAUUAUCUAUGGCGAAUUAUUCUAAUGGUUGGUGCACUUCCCGCUGCGCUCACAUACUACUGGCGCUUAAAGAUGCCCGAAACUGCUCGUUACACAGCCCUUGUUGCCAAGAAUACAAAACAGGCUGCGUCUGAUAUGUCAAAGGUUCUGCAGGUUGACAUUGAAGCAGAACAGCAAUCGAAUGAGCAGCCAAGAGCUGACUUUGGUUUGUUCUCUAAAGAGUUUGCUCGUCGCCAUGGACUCCACUUGCUUGGAACAAGCAGCACAUGGUUCUUGCUUGACAUUGCAUUUUACAGCCAAAAUCUAUUCCAAAAGGAUAUCUUCAGUGCAGUUGGAUGGAUUCCUCCGGCAAAGACCAUGAAUGCCAUCGAGGAGGUCUUUAGAAUCGCAAGGGCACAAACACUAAUUGCUUUGUGGAGUACCGUGCCAGGCUACUGGUUUACAGUGGCUUUAAUUGACAGGAUUGGAAGGUUUGCCAUCCAACUGAUGGGUUUCUUCUUCAUGACAGUGUUUAUGUUUGCCCUGGCUUUUCCUUACAACCACUGGACUCACAAGGAUAACCGCAUUGGGUUUGUGGUUAUGUAUUCCCUUACUUUCUUCUUUGCUAAUUUCGGGCCUAACGCAACCACAUUUGUCGUGCCAGCUGAGAUUUUCCCAGCCAGGUUACGGUCUACUUGCCACGGCAUAUCUGCAGCAUCGGGAAAGCUUGGAGCUAUGGUGGGUGCAUUUGGUUUCUUGUAUUUGGCUCAGAACCAGGACAAGGCCAAGGCAGAUGCAGGGUACCCUGCAGGCAUUGGGGUGAAGAACUCACUCAUUGUGUUGGGUGUCAUCAACCUCUUGGGCUUUCUGUUUACUUUUCUAGUGCCCGAACCAAAGGGUAAAUCAUUGGAGGAGAUGUCUGGUGAGAACGAGGGUGACAAUUGAGCAGGAACAGAAUAAGAGCAGCCAGUAGUUCACAACAAAAUGCCCAUUUGGGUGAUCUAUUUUUUUCUUCAGAAAAUUUUGAAUCAUGUCGUAGUUUGUACGUUUGAUUAAAAAAAUGGAUUAUUUUUCCUGUGUUGCUAUAUUUAUUAAAAUUAUCUUAUUUGCA